AUCUUGUCCUGCAACUAUGCCACGAGGUCUAUACGCUAGUAGAGGUAAACAGCUGAGUCGUGGCUCCGGUGACAGGAGCCAGGCACGCUGGGAUUGUCGAAUGUUUGCGCUUGUAUGCAAAGCAAGUGUGUGGUGAAUGGAGCAGAUGAACUGGGACUUGUGUGUCUUCAUGCAGAAUUUCUCGGAUUGUGCUGCCAGAAAUGACUCGCCGUGCUCGGCGCAAGAGGAGCUAGGUGGGUGGGAGCCAGAUCGAAAGGAUGGCAACUGGUGGCAGCGAUCUCACGUGUCGAGUGCGAGCAUAGUCGAGCUUACAUCUCACAUCACGUUGCAAUCAAGAAUGGCGGUCUUGCAGUCACGGGUGAUUGACUGGAAGAUGGAACACACGGCAGCUUGAUGCGCACCAUCGAC